UCCAUCCACCUAUGAAGUUGUGUUUAAUAUAUAUAUACACAACACCAUUUCAAAGUAUUUUAAUACUUAUCAAAACAUUAACAAAAUGCAGCUGAUUACUAUCCUUCUCAUCUGUGUAUCGUUUUUUACGAUCGCCAACGCCCUGGAGUGUUAUGUGUGCAAAAAUCAAGAAGGAAAUAAAGAAAAAUGUCUGAAUACUAUCAAAACUUGUGAACAAGGCGAAGAUGCCUGUUUAACAGAAAUUAGGUGGGGAAGUACACCAUACUGGAAUCAAGGAGCAAAAAAGCAGUUUUAUAUUUCUAAACGCUGUUCUACCAAAAAAGAGUGUGAAAAAAUUCGGCGCAAUAAUAUGGCAGAUUGCUCUCAUAUAUGGUACGAAGAUUGGAAAUGCUCUGAAUGUUGUCAAGGGGAUCGAUGUAAUUACUACAUCAUUUCUGGAAGUAACAAAUUAGCAUCAACUUUAAUGACUAUGCUGUUACCAGUUAUUGUUCUUUGCAGUUUACAAUAAACAAGGAAUUGAGUUUAUUACUCAUACUUUAUUUGAAAGCUAGAAAUUAUUUAAUGAACUAUGGCUAAUGAGUUUAAAUCUUGCUCAAGUUAAUACUCGUAAUUGAAAUGUUCUCAGAAUUCUUUUCAAGACAACUGAAGGAUGCAUACGAGAUAGUAGGAUUUUUGCUUUUGCCUUUGAUGUUUCUGAAACUACCAUUGUUUUAAUUAACAAAAUUAGUUAUUUUACAGAUAAUAUAUAUUCUGUAAAGUUUUAAUGUGUAAGAACUUUAUGAAAUCAUAGAAAUAAUCUGAACAGAUUAGUUAUUUUUACAUUUUACAGAACUUUAAUUAUUACUUAUUUCAAUUUUGUCAUUCGUUCAAAAAUAAUUACCAGGUUUUAUUAUGAAUUUUUGUAUGAUUACAAAAACCAGUAUUAUUGCAUUGUUGAAGAAAUUUAAAACACAUUCAAUAAUCAUGUUCAGAUUAUUAAUAUAACCAAACUCAAAAUAAAUUUUGACCACAUUAUAUUUCAUAGGUAUAACUAAAUUUAUAGCAAGUAUUGACUUUACAAUUAAAAAUAUUGUAUUAUAUCAGCUCCGUCCAGAUAUUUCAAAGUUUACUAAAAAUUAAGUAUGUGUUUUGAUUUUAAAUUGUGAGUAAAGCAAGUGAAAAGUAAGCUUUUGUGCAUUCCUCUCAAUCUCCGUCCAAUUAUUAUGGUUGUGAAUGCACUGAAAGUUUGUUGAUAUAAGCAGAAAUAAAAAUAUUUCCAGAACUUUUUGCAUGGGAAAAUUGAAUAUCACUGUACACACUCUUAAGCAUUACCACUUUAAGGAUAAUUUAUAUUUAUGUGUUAUACAUUAAAUUGUACAAACUGCUAUACAUAUUUGUAAAGAAAUGAUUAUCAUAAUACAUUUUUAUAAAACAGA